AUGGACGGAGGCCUGGGGCGCUGCGUGUGCGUGCUCACCGGGGCCUCCCGGGGCUUCGGCCGGGUGGUGGCGGCGCUGCUCGCCCCGCGGCUGUCGCCCGGCUCCGUGCUGCUCCUGAGCGCCCGCAGCGACGAGGCUCUGCGACAGGUGGAGGCCGAGCUGGACGCUGCGCGGCUCGGCCUGCGCGUGGUGCGGGUGCCCGCCGACCUGGGCACCGACGCGGGCUUGCAGCAGCUGCUCGAGGCGGUGCUCGGGCUGCCCCGGCCGCAAGGGCUGCAGCGGCUGCUCCUGAUCAACAACGCGGGUUCUCUUGGGGAUGUGUCCAAAGGCAUCGUAGACCUGGCUGAUCCACGGGAAGUGAAUAACUACUGGGCUCUGAACUUGACUUCCAUGCUCUGCCUGACUUCCAGUGUCCUGAAGGCAUUCAAGGACAGCCCUGGCUUGAGCAAGACAGUGGUCAACAUCUCAUCCCUCUGUGCCCUACAGCCCUUCAAAGGAUGGGCACUCUACUGUGCAGGGAAGGCAGCCCGGGACAUGAUGUUCCAGGUGCUGGCCUCAGAGGAACUUGGGGUGAGGGUGCUGAGCUAUGCCCCCGGCCCCCUGGACACAGACAUGCAGCAGGAGGCCCGAGAAACUUCUGUGGACCCAGAAUUGAGAAAAAAUCUGCAGGAGCUGAAGACACAGGGGAGACUUGUGGAUUGUAAGGUGUCAGCACAGAAACUGCUGGACUUACUGCAGAAGGACCAGUUCACAUCUGGAGCCCACAUUGACUUCUAUGAUGAAUAAAUAUGCUCAUGUUCUUGGUU